GAGCCACAGCAUUAAUUACGGUCACAUUCAUACCGUAGCAUCUUGUUUUGGUUUAAACGAAUUUUGUUUUAGAUUUUAACACGCACAAAUAACAAAAAAGCCAUAAUAUGUUGACGUUAACACGCUGCGCCUUCCUGUUGCUCUCGCUGGCCGUUUGUGGUAGCUGGGCCAUACGCUGCUACCAGUGCUCAUCGGACCAAGAUCGCAAGGGUCAUGACAGCUGCGGCGCCUACAAGCGCUUCAAUCGCACCGAACACAUAUCCAUCGAAUGCAACAGCGACGAAUCCCACAUGCCAGGCUCCUUCUGCAUGAAGGUGAUACAGCAGGGACCACGCGGCUUUAUCUGGGAUGGCCGCUGGCGUCAGGUGAUUCGCCGCUGUGCAUCCGUUUCGGACACGGGCGUCACAGGCGUCUGCAACUGGGGCGUGUACGAGAACGGCGUCUACUGGGAGGAGUGUUAUUGCUCCAGCGACAGUUGCAACGGCGCCAGUCUAUUGACCAUGCACAAGUCCCUGCAAUUGCUGCUUGGAUUUGCACUGAUGGCGGGCGCAGCAACGUUUAUGCGCAGCUAGAAAAUUGAUCGCCCAGCAGCAUUCAACAAGUGCCUUUCCAAGCAAGAAAACUUAGUUUCUAGGUGAAUUUUAAAGUGUUGUCCACAGUCCGUCCACAUUUUGUAUUUAAUUUUAAGAGUUACAAAAAGUUGUACACAUUCCGUCCACAUUUUGUGUUUAAUUUUAAGAGCUACAAAAGUUGUACACUGAAUCUCGCAAAACAUUUUUUGUGCAUUUCACAACUCGAAAUAUAUAAUAGUUCAUAUCGUAUGACAAACUGA